ACUGUUGGUCUGCCUGUCUUUUCGCCAAUUCCUUCAUUAUGAUACCCCGCGAUACCCCGCAUCCGUUCCUGCAUCCUGCUGUAUGCAUACCCUGGAGUCACCAUAGUCAGGCUCUCUCCGCACGGUGGAAGAACAUUUCCAUUUGACGGCUCCAUGUGUACCGUCUCUGCUGGACAAGGACGGACUAAGCUUUCCGCUUGCAUCACUGCACUUCCCAUCUCGUUGCGUAAUAUCUCUAUCCAUCUCAUGGCACAUCAUCACCCCGGCGUCCUUGGAGCUCUCUUACGAAUCUGGGCUACUACCGAGUCCUCAUGUCUUUACCAUGUCAACGCCGGGCUCUACACACCCAUCAUCACCCAUUACACGGCAAUUUCAUAUAUCUGUUUCAAGGUUGUGGCUAUUUGUUUUUUUUUUGGCAGAUUUAUGGCCCUGUGUUUGCUAUCUCUCUAACUGACCUUUCUUCGGAUAUCUAUGGCAUGUACUGUUUGUUUUGUCUGCUCAGGUUUGCAUAUCAUCACUGUGAUUUCUUUUUAAUAUAUGGUUUUGGCCAAUGAGGUUACAUCAUAAGCAUGGAUCGGCGUGUUCGAUUUAUGGCGUUUGUGGUAUCUGACGCUGAUGUUACUGGGGAAGACGAGGUUCUACGUCACGAUAGGCUGUUUGGGAAUGUUUGUUCACUCGCGUUCUGUUUUCGUUAGGCACUGAUUGUUUUAGUUCUAGUUUGAAUCUCAUGACAUUACAAA